AUGCCCCAAGAGCCUCUUGCGACACUAGAAUCGAACAACCCCCCCGAAAACAUCGCCGCAUCAUCCCCCAACUCCCAACAUGGCCUCGUUCACCACGAACCCGUCAGUCUCUGUCGAGUGCACUCUGCCGCCUCCUCCGGCAGCCGCUCGUCAUCAUCGCACGCUCGCCGACGCGACUCGGUCGACGACGGCGUCGACGCCGACCAGCUCGACCAGAAGCUGCUUGGAUUGAGGCUCCGCAAUGCCAAUGGCAAGCGUCACAACAAAUUCCUCGCCACCGCCCCUGGACAGAGGAUUGCAGACUAUGAAAACGCACUCACCCCGCCAAUCCCUAGGCAGGCCCUGGGCUUCAAGGUCAUCAAGCGCUCUGCCGGAGAACCCGGAGGGACUCUCUUGACAGACAUUCCAAACGAGAUCUUGACCAACAUCCUUUCGCAUUUGCACCCGGACUCUCAUAGCGCUGUCGCACUCGUCUCAAAACGCUUCUAUGUGCUGGCCACCACACCGCACAUCUGGCGCAUGGCCUUUCUGCGCUAUUUCCCUGGCCAUGCUAGCCUUGGCGACAAGUUCAUCAAAGCUUCUGCUGAUCUUUGGUCUGAGCCCUCACCUGACAUUGUGCGCUCCGAGACUCGCUACUUUGAUAGACUGACGCCGCUUGCUACCUGGCGAAGUGAGUAUGUGUUUCGAACCAGGCUCAUUCGAAGCUUGGGAAAGGGAAAGCCUAACACAAUUGCUGGUGCCAUUGGCUCGUCCACACGCGCCAGCCAGCUGGGCAAGAAGUCAAGUGCUGUUUUGACGUACAACUCGAAGCUACCCUGGCUCAUUGAUAGUGUUCACGCCGUGUUUGAUAAUGGCAAGAGGGCUCCCCGCGCCAUCCAAGGCACCGGGACCCUUGGUGUGGCCACCCUGAGCGAUCCUACUACAGGCAAGGUUGAAAGCUGGGGCCUCAAGGACAACCACUCUUCCGCCCAAAUUGAAGAGGUCGCACCUGGUCUCCAGCCGUACGGCCUCGGAGACGGCCCCGCAGCUACGGACAAUACCAUGGAUGUAAGUCAGCUCUACGGCAUCAUUGCCGGAGAAGGCUUCCCAAGUGGCCGUGCCUACUUUCGAAGCGUCAAUGAAAUUGCAGGACGCUACCUCGGCUCUGAGCCCGAUCCCGAAGAGAAGCCAGCUGAUAUUCCUCGCAUCCCUGAAAUCAUCGAGGCCAUCGGCUGCGUCUGGAUUGCCAAGUCCUCGGCUGUCCCAGUCACUACUUCCGCAAUGUGCGGCAUGUUGACUGGCUCUACUCUCGGUGUCGUGACUGCCUAUUCUCUCGGAUCUGACCCUAGCGGUCCAAGAUAUGCUUACGGUGACAUGACUGCACGUUGGGUACUCAGUCCGGGUGUACCCAUUGUCUCAAUCAAGGUUGAUGACAACUAUACUGUUCGCCGUCGACUGUCGGGCAGAGUCUGGGCUGUCGCCUUAAAUGCGCUUGGAGAGGUAUUCUAUCUCACCGAGACCCCCAGACCCGUGUCGCUUCAACAGUCUGCAGGUGCUAUUCUCGUCAAUGCCUGGCUUGCUGGACGGUCUGCCUACUGGCACUUGGUCGAAGAGACGCGCAGAUCUGCUCGUCCAGACGAGCUAGAUCUCAAUGCUGUUCGUGGCACGUACUCGCCCAGAACCCCUUCCAAUGCCAUGAAUUUGAGCAACAUCCAGAUAGCUGCCGAAGCAAGAGAAAUUGAGACGUUUAUGCGCCAUCAGCCAGAGCAUUUCCUCAAUGUCUGUGUGGGCUGGGAUAUGCAACGCAAGCUUGAGGUUGAUUUUGCAAAUGAUGACGGCCAAGAGGCCGGUGAAGCCAUUUUCGUCAUCGAUUGCGGGCAUGGUCAGAAAGCUCGCGUCACUAGAUUCUGCCGAUCAACCACUCCACAUCGACCUAUUUCUCUUGGACGCGCCAAAACUGCCCCAGCUAUUCCGCCGUCUCUAUUUGGAGAGGCUGACAAAAAGAGCACCCCUGAACCCCAGUCCCCGAGAUCACCACCGCCUACGCCUCACUCUCCAAAGGCUUCAUCUGCGCCUAUGGAUGAUUGGCGAGCUGUCUCUUUCCAGCUGAAGGCACCUGAGGGCCAUAUCAUCACGGCAAGCGCCUUGGACAACUCAGCUUUUGCUAUUCUCACUCUCGGCGAAGAUCCUUUGCAUACCGCGAAUGAAAGCAUUGCGCCAAAUUGCACAGAUGGAGAACGAAAUGUCCAAGAGAUUCCGGGUCGUCGAGCCCGCUUCCUCACUAUUGGCACGAGCGCCGGCAGUGUUAUCGUGUGGAAUGCCAGAGAGAUUCGACCCGAAACGGUGAAGCCAUGUCGCAUCAUUCAAACAGAGUCGCCAUCGAUUUCUUGCGUUGCAACCUCUGCUUUAUACCUGGUCCAUGGUGGCAGCGAUGGCCUCGUUCAGGCCUGGGAUCCUCUUGCCUCAACAUCAGAGCCCAUUCGCACUAUCAAUGCUCGAUCAAACGGUCGUGUCCCUCGUUUCAUGAUGACUAUGAAUCCUACUUUAACUUCAGCCAGCUAUAAUUCUGUGGGUGCCAUUGUCCUAGACUCGAACCCGACAGUUCUCCGAGGUGUCGUGGCCUUUGGGGCUUUUAUGCGUUACUGGUCGUAUAGUUCUAAGGGCAGCGCUCCGGGCCGCAAGAGACGCCUGCGACACCCUGAUGCUCAGGGCCGUGCCGCGGGUCGUCGUUCUGGUGGCAAUGUGUCUGGCUACAUCCUGGAGGAAGAGGAAGAACUGCGCCACGAGAAUGAGCAUCGGGCUCGUGAGCAAACGCGCCUUCGCAAGCGCUUUGGUGUCGGCGCGCUUGGAGACCUCACCGAGCAGGAGGCUCUGACUUACAUGCAGAUGGUCUCCGAGGAGACUUUCUUGGCUGACGAAAUGCGCCGCGCCAGCGACUCCGCCGCCGAUACCAGUGGCGGAGACACGGCUUCGAUAACAAGCCACAGUACCGCAGACGCGACGACGCCCGAGGCUAGCUUUGUCGAAUCUAGUCCUCUACAGCAAAACCUGACAAGCGACGACGAGGACGGGUAUGAGGAGCAGAUUCAGCAAGCCAUUCGCCUGUCUCUGCUCGAAGGGGUCAAUGAUCGCGGCCAGUCUCCACAGCGCAGCAGCACACGGGACUUUGGCUUUACCAUUACUUACAAAGCCAAGACCAAGGGCGGUAAGAAGAGGGGUAGCCGCCGCCAGAGCUCCUCGACGACCUCGCCCUCGUCUCCGCGUGUCCCCCCCCACGUUGCGGAGCACACGCCUGACGCGCUGGCCGGGUUUCCCUCGGCCUCUUCUGGGUUUCCCUCAGCACACGCUGCUGUGGAUGUGGAUGCGGACUUGGCAUUCGCCCUGAGUAUGCAGCAAGAGGAGGAGCAGGAGGCGCAGAGCCGGUGCCGCGGCCGGGAGUCGCUUGCGGAUAUUGGCUUGGACUUUCCGCCACUGCCCGCUGGCCAAGGCGCCAGCAAAGGCAAGGGCGUGACGAGAUGGUGA